AUGUCGAAUUUUUUCCAGAGGACUCAGAUACAGACUGCUAGGCCCACCAUCCCGACAAACACGUCUUCCAAACAGCCUGUCUCACAGACUCCUCUAGCCGUCUACCCAACUAAUCAGCCAAUCAUGAAGCCCAUGGCACCCACGCCUUUCCCUUCCCUGCGGGCUGCACAGCUUAAAAACCUUGGGGCCCGGCGACCACCACCCAGGAAGAUCAUCAUGGGCCUGUCUUUGCACGACGAUGUUCAGCUGAAGAAAUCAGAGAAUGCCUGGAAACCAGGCAUGAAGAGGGAAAGCCUCCCAGCGGAACCAGAGUCCAACAAAACACAGGACCUGUUCAAGAAGGUCCGCAGCAUCUUGAACAAGCUGACGCCGGAGAAGUUCAGCCAGCUGGUGAAGCAGGUCUGGGACCUGACCAUCGACACUGAGGAGCGGCUCAAAGGAGUCAUCGACCUGGUGUUUGAAAAGGCCAUCGACGAGCCCAGCUUCUCGGUGGCCUACGGGAAAAUGUGCCGCUGCCUCGCCACGCUCAAAGUGCCCAUCACUGACGCUCCCAACAACACAGUGAACUUUCAAAAGCUGCUGCUAAGCCGCUGCCAGAAAGAAUUUGAGAAAGACAAGGUGGAUGAUGUGGUGUUUGAGAGGAAGCAGAAGGAGCUGGACUCUGCUGCAUCGACGGAGCGUGACCGACUUCAGGUAGAGCUGCAGGAGGCCAAGGACAUUGCCCGGCGGCGAUCCAUCAGCAACAUAAAGUUCAUUGGUGAACUGUUCAAGCUAAAGAUGCUAACAGAGGCCAUCAUGCAUGACUGCGUGGUGAAGCUGCUGGGGAACCACGACGAAGCUUCCCUGGAGUGUCUCUGCAGGCUGCUCACCACCAUCGGCAAGGACUUUGAUUUAGUGGAGGCCAAGCCUCGGAUGGAUCACUAUUUUAAGCAGAUGGAAAAAAUCAUCAGAGAGGGGAAGACGUCUUCACGCACAAGGUUCAUGUUGCAGGAUACCAUAGACCUAAGAUUGCACAAAUGGGUGUCAAGAAGAGCCAACCAGGGUCCAAAGACAAUUGAUCAGAUCCACAAGGAGGCAAAGCUUGAAGAGGAAGAGGAGCAGAGAAAAGUGCAGCAGCAACUGUACUUCAAGGACACCAGGAGACGGCCAGAGCAGAGGGAGCAGAGGGAUCAGAGGGAGCAGAGGGAGCAGAGAGAUCCGCAAGUACAGGGAGAGGAGACCUGGAAAACUGUGCCCAUGAGGAAGAAUGGCAGGACCAUCGACCCCAACAAGAUCCCAAAGAUCUCCGAGAUGGACGAGAAGAUCCAGCUGGGCCCUCACGGAAGUCGUAGCCGUACAGAAAAAAAGUGCAGCAACAAGCCGCUGAUCUCUGCACCGAAAGUCACUGAGGUCGAAUCUGAGCCAGAGCGCAGCAGAGUCCGAGAGCCUGUGAAACCUGAGCCUGUUCAGACGAGAGAGAAACCUGCUCGGUCUGAGGAGGAGAUCGAGAGGAAGUGCAAGUCCAUCAUCGACGAGUUCCUGCACCUUAAAGAUUUCAAGGAGGCUGUCCAGUGUGUGGUGGAGCUUGAUCUGGGCUCUCAGUCGCACAUCUUCAUACGCGUGGGGGUGGAGUCGACUCUGGAGCGCAGUCAGAUCACACGGGACCACUUGGGCCAGCUCCUCUUCCAGCUGGCGCAGAAGGGAAUCCUGCCCAAACCCCAGUUCUACAAAGGGUUUGCAGACACGCUGGAGCAAGCGGACGACAUGGCCAUCGACGUUCCCCACAUCUGGCUGUACCUGGCCGAGCUGCUCAGCCCUGUGCUGAAGGAGGGGGGCUUCUCUAUGAGAGAGCUCUUUAGUGAAUUAAGCAAACAUUUGCUUCCUGUGGGAAGAGCUGGGAUCUUGAUCUCUGAAAUACUGCUCAUACUAUGCAAACAAAUGGGCCAUCGUACUGUGGCUUCUCUGUGGGAAGAAUCAGGCCUCAACUGGACUGACCUUCUGCCGGAGAAAGAGGAUGUCCAGGCUUUCAUCUCACAACAGAAACUCCAGUUUCUUCAGCCACAGAGUCCGAGUGUCUCAGAGCACAAACCUGAGCCAGAGGGCAGCAGUGUCCGAGAGCCUGAUGAUGCGCCAAACAUGCAGGCUUUGAACAGCCUUGCAGAGUCAGAGACUGAGCUGGAGACAGCCGCUGUUGAGCCUUCUCUCAUGCCCCCCGCUUCACUACAGGCCCAAGCCUCUAGUCCUGCUUACAGAGAGGCCUCCUCUGAAACUUUACCUGCUGACACCACUCCUCAACAGAACCCAGACAUCGAAGCCAGGACAACUCUGGGAAGCCGUACAGGCAGGAAGCGCAGGAAGAACAGAAAGCGCAGCGCAAAGCCGCUGAGCUCUGCACCGUCUCAGCCUGAUCUGUACACCAGGGGAAGCAGCUCAAAGGAGCUGCUGGAGAGUCCAACCCCGGAGGGGCCGCCAAGAGACAAGGAUGCGCCAAACCGGCAGGCCAACCCACCUGAAGCGGCCAACUCAAGUGAGCGUCCCUCAGCCAAGGAACCAGCUUCUUCUCACUUGUCCUCAGUCGAGGAGCUGAAACCCUCUUUGGUGCCACCUCAGACUCUGAACACAGACAAGCCUCUCUUAGACGCCCCUGGAACUCUGGCUGCCUUGUCUGGAGCAGCCCCCACGGCUUUGAACAGCCUUGCAGACCGUACAGGCAGGAAGCGCAGGAAGAACAGAAAGCGCAGCGCAAAGCCGCUCAGCUCUGCACCGUCUCAGCCUGAUCUGUACACCAGGGGAAGCAGCUCAAAGGAGCCAACCCCGGAGGAGCCGCCAAGAGACAGCGAGCCAGAGGGAGCUGUGCCUAGGAGACCGAAUGUCUCAGAGCACAAACCUGAGCCAGAGGGCAGCAGUGUCUCUAGUCCUGUUUACAGAGAGGCCGCCUCUGAAACUUUGCCUUCUGACACCACUCCUCAACAGGACCAAGACUUCGAAGCCAAAUGUGUGAAGACGCUGUGUUUUUACUCCUCCUCCUCCUCUGAUCUCUCUGUUUCUCAGGAGAACCUGACUGAAUCUCACCUGAGCUCGUCUCCCUACCUGAGGGCGUUGAUGACGGCUGUGUGUAAGGCAGCAGUGAAAAAUAACACCAACUGUCGAGUGCACACGGCCCUCAUUCAAAAGAGAUUACCUGUAUUGCUCCAGUACCGGAACUCAGAGAGUGAGCGACAGCUGCAUGCUCUUCAGGAACUUCAGUCGCUGAUCGUCGCCCUCGAUCAUCCUCCAAACCUCCUCAAGAUAUUCUUCGAGUGUAUGUACGACGAGAACGCAUUCUGCAAGUCGGGGACCAGAAAAGACCCGGCCAAUCAGCUGGAUAAGGGCGUGGCCCUGAAGACCGUCACAGCCUUCUUCACAUGGCUGCAGGAGGCGGAGUCGGAAGACAAUUGACGAGUUUGGAUUCCAAACUUUUGCAACGUUCCGCACUUUUUAAUUUAUUAAUAAUAAAAGGUAGUUAAAAAUG